GAAAGCAUCAGAUAAGGACCGCCGUCUGUCCAUUGAGGUGUGGGACUGGGACCGGACCACCAGGAAUGACUUCAUGGGCUCCAUGUCGUUUGGAGUGUCCGAGCUCAUCAAAGCUCCCACAUGUGGAUGGUACAAGUUGCUGAACCAGGAGGAGGGAGAGUACUACAACGUUCCCAUCCCAGAGGUGGACGACGUAGACCUGGAGCUCCGACAGAAGUUUGAGGCCUGCCAGUUAAAUAUCCACUAUCUCAAGAAAGCCAAACUAGGCCACGGUAAGAAAGUGAUCACGCCUUCAGACCAUCGGCGCUUCAGUCUGCCUUCAGGUAACAUGGACCGAGUCCGACUCAGUGACUUCAACUUCCUGGCCCUGCUGGGAAAGGGAAGCUUUGGCAAGGUCAUGUUGGCAGAGACGAAGUCGACAGAGGAGCUGUACGCCAUCAAGAUCCUGAAGAAAGACGUGGUGAUCCAGGAUGAUGACGUUGAAUGUACAAUGAUAGAGAAGAGGGUCUUGGCCCAGAGAGACAAACCACCUUUUCUCACGCAGCUCCAUUCCUGCUUCCAGACUGUGGAUCGACUCUACUUUGUGAUGGAGUACAUUAAUGGAGGAGACCUCAUGUAUCAUAUCCAGCGCGUGGGCAAGUUCAAGGAGCCACAGGCAGUGUUUUAUGCUGCAGAGAUUGCUGUCGGUUUAUUCUUCUUGCACCGAAAGGGAAUCAUCUACAGGGAUCUGAAGCUCGACAACGUGAUGCUGGACUCCGAGGGUCACAUCAAGAUAGCGGACUUUGGCAUGUGUAAGGAGAACAUGUAUGAGGGCAUGACUACGCGCACCUUCUGCGGCACACCGGACUACAUCGCACCAGAGAUUAUAGCAUAUCAGCCCUAUGGUAAAUCAGUGGACUGGUGGGCUUAUGGAGUUCUUCUGUAUGAGAUGCUGGCAGGACAGCCUCCGUUUGAUGGAGAAGAUGAGGACGAGCUCUUCCAGUCAAUCAUGGAGCACAAUGUGUCUUACCCCAAAUCCAUGUCAAAAGAAGCUGUGUCCAUCUGCAAGGGACUGAUGACCAAACACCCGUCCAAGCGUCUUGGCUGCAGCCCAGAGGGGGAGAGGGACAUCAGAGAGCAGGCCUUCUUCAGACGCAUCGACUGGGAUCGCCUGGCCAACAGAGAGAUCCAGCCGCCGUUUAAACCCAAAGUGUGCGGCAAAGGAGCAGAGAACUUCGACAAGUUCUUCACGCGCACUCAGCCCGUGCUGACCCCCCCCGACCAGCUGGUCAUCGCCAACAUCGACCAGAGCGAGUUCGCCGGCUUCUCGUACAUCAACCCUCAGUUCCUCCAUCCAUCCCUGCACAGCGUGGUAUGAGGGCGGCAUGGAAAAAUGGAAAAUCACGGACUGUCAGUAAAAUACAGGACCCUUCUGAACUCCAACCGACGUCCCACUGUCAACAGACUCAUAUCAUUCUCUAAAGUGUUCUGUCUGCUAGUUAUCGACAACUGGGUAAAGGACUGACUGAGGAGAGAGGAGCUGUGGUGAAAUCAUGUUAAGUCCAAUCUGAAGUGAGAGGAAAAAGAACAUGGCACUGAUAUUUUUACAUCAUUUCCCCAAACAUCUCAUAUUACGUUCUUUAUUUUGCACCGUUAUCUGUUUCUCAGCCUUUUUCUCCUGUAUGAAUGCGUCCUGGUAUCAGUCGCUCUCUCGUUACAUAUGAAACAUGCAAGAUCCACGUCAUCCCACUUAUCUUCCCCCCAUCUUACUACGCAACAAGCUGCAAUGCACGACGAGAACGGAACAUGUUUUUCUGCUCUGUCCUGGCUUUAUCUACUUCUGAACUGCUACACGUGUAAAUUAUAUUUAUAUACUCAACAAAGAGGUAGUGUCAGUACACACGAGUGCCAAAGUGGAAGUGGGAGAAAACUUUUCUUUUGCAGUUAGUGAAGUCCUUGUCAAGGUUUUUCCCAGCAGUGUCAACAUAGUGAGACCCUUACACAGGGAGCGUUUCAAUCUUUUUCUGUAGGACGUGGAACUCUUGUAAACGCUACACAAACAGAAGCACAGCCUGCUCACGGUUACAAUCUGCCGAGGACUUCUCAGAGCAGUAGAUGUUGUCGAGUCAGAGAAUCAGAGAGACAGUAUUUUCAAAUAUAAAGACGCUAUUUCCAUAUGCACAAAGCAGAUCUCUGUUGCAUGCUUAUUUUCUGACUCAGUAUGAGCAGUAGACUCUAGGAUGCAGUACAUGUCUAGUAUCAUUGUAAAUUUUAGUAUUAUGAUAUAAACUGUGUUGAUCGUUGUAUGUUUUCGAGGAGUCUUAUCCUGGAGAAGAGUUUACUUGUUGAGUUCUCUUCCUGUUUUUAUGUUCUGCUUAACUCAACUUUUAAGUCCCAUCGUAUGUCAACCUUUUUUUUCCCCUCUUUCUUUGUUAAUAUGUUUCAAACGAGAUGUUUCAAAAAGAGAAGUCACUUGCAGAUUUUAUACCACGAACUGAAUGUGCUUUUAUUACCGUAGACGGUUUGGACAUUUCUAUGUUGAGAUGACCCCUGAGAAAAGAUAUUCAUAGCGUUUGACUGAAUCUUUAGUAGCUUUGGUAUCAGCAAACCUUGUUACAUGUAUUUCCACGACGUCUCCAUUGUUUUCUACUACUCAGUGUCAUAUAGAGAAUAUGCAGCACCUCCCGAGCGUGGAACAUUUGAACGCCCUCUUGCCUUGGUCGACUCAGGGCUGACUCCCUCUGUAACGAGCUGAAUUCAAGUUGAUAGUAUGAGGAUUUCAGAAACAUGUCUUCUUGUUGUGAAUCGUGUGUGCAUGCCAGAGGCGUGGCCUGAUCUUAGCAUGAGAACGACCCCUGCAUGAUACAGCGAUCCCUGGUGUGGAGCAUGGAGUGCCCCCCCCCCACACCUUGUUGCACAGAAUGAGACAAAUCAGUCCACCGAGCACUGUUUGCUUUUCUGCUCAUCAUCUCUUCUUCACCGUCACAUAACCUGACCUGUUUGGUUAAAUAGCCGAUGUGUAAAACCUUUCUGUUGGCUUAUUGUUUAAUGGUGCCAAACUGACUCUGCUUGUUUCCAGUUAGGUUUGACCAGCAGAGUUUUUUAGUUUUCUUUGCAAAAGGCUUCUACUGCAGCACAGCACAAAGCCAUGACGUUUUGUAGAACUGCCAAAUUUAGCUGCCACAGCUCUUAACCAGUGAAUUAGUUACUUAACAGUAAACUGCAGCUGUCACAUCUGGACCAAAAUGAGAUUUACUUUAAAGCUUAUGAGAAAAAUGAAUGUUUACAUGUCUCACAUUGAGAAUCUGUAUUGAAGAAAAAUCAACAGAAAACUUUUUGACGCAUGACAGAGAUAAUCAAACGUCCAGUCAGGGUACAGUACCACUACAGGUGAAAAUCAGAGCCACAGGGAUGUUUGUACUUGUUUCCUUCUACUGCCCCUGCUUUUGUUUACCUGAUUUUUCUUGUCCCUCUGUUCAUUGUGGUAUGAUGGAUACUGUGCAUUAA